AGUCACUUGUUCAUCUAACUAUCCAUAUGAGCAUACCUUGUACGCAUGACAUGCUACCUAUGAUUGAAAAAAAUGCUUUGACAUAUGUAGAAAAUCACAUAUGUAUUUUUUUCCCAUUCUCACAGCACGACCACUUGAAAAUAUACGAAAUUAGGAGAACCAAAUCAUUUUCACUUUGCUUUUUUAUGAGUUAUUGUACAAUCUUAAACAACAACGGAGGCAAAAUCCUAUUAGGCAAUGGCGGCGGAUGCUCAAACAUUUUUUUCAACCCUAGGUGACAUGCUAUAUGUAUGAGGUGUGCUCAUGUGAAUAGUUAAAUGGCUAAAUGACUCACUUAACUUACAUUAAUGAUCCAGAUGUGCAUUUUAAAAGUAGAGUGACCUAUAUGAUACACCUAAGCAAAUUGGAUGACCCUCCAUGUAUAUUACUCCUUAUCAAACGCCUGGCUUAAUUACCUAAUUCUGAAAACGUAAGGGAGCUGACGUUUGCUAAUUCUAAGGUCUAGCACGUGUACUGAAAAUCAUCGCCUCUUAUGAGCCCUUCGUUGUCACUAUCGGCGACUGAAUGUGCAGUCAACACUCAACAACUAAAACGUUUGAAACCAACAACUCAGCAAGAAAUCGCUGUUAAGGGCUGACCUGGAGCAAUUCAACAACAACAUGUACAGCUCCCUGUGGCUAGGCUUCAGUAUAAGUUGCAUGCCUGCCCUGAUUAUACCCUUGUUCCAAUCAUAACAAAAAUCUUAACCAUGAUGGACACUUUCUUUUCUGCUGUUCUUGGUGAUCUUCUCAGCAGGUCCAUAUCCUUCAUGAUUGACAGAUACAAACAGCAACAGCAGAGCGUGGAGGAGGAGAGCCGUCUGCAGCAGUUACACCGCGUGCUUCUACGGAUCGAAGCCAUCGUCGAGGAGGCCGACGGGAGGCUCAUCACAAACCGAGCGAUGCUGCAACAGCUUGGCAUGUUGAGAGAGAUGAUGUACAGAGGCUACUACUUCCUCGAUGGUUUCAGGUAUCGAAUCGCUCAACCACAUGCUCAAGAUGAGGUGGGUGAUCUGUCCCCUUUCAGUCCAUUAAAGCGGUUCUGUAUCUCCACUAGAGAUAGGAAAACUACAAUAUCCGAAAUUUUGGAGAAAAAAGAGCUGCAAGAGAUGCUUGGUCGCCUGAAAACCGUAGUUUCAGACAUGCAGGAGUUUGUUGUGCUCGUCAGCGGCUACCCUCGUAUGAAACGCCAACCAUAUUGCAGCUACUUGUUGCUGGAGAACUGCAUGUUUGGCCGCCAAAUAGAGAAGGAGAGGAUCAUCAACUUCUUGCUAGCACCACAUCCUCUCGGUGAUGAAGAAGAUAUCGAUGUGCUUCCGAUAAUUGGACCGGGCAGAGUUGGGAAGAGCACACUCGUCGAGCACGUCUGCCGUGAUGAAAGGGUUCGUGAAUACUUUUCUACGACUGUUUUCUAUGGCCCAGAUAGCAUUGGCGAUGGAGACCUGGCGCCUCUUACAGACACCGGUGCAAUCAAACAUCGAAAUCCUGCCUCAAGCAAGCUGUCACUAGCGAUCAUUGAACUUGUGGAUGAGAUGGAUGAUGAAACAUGGAGAAGAAUAUUGCAAAGCCUAAGAUCAGGAGACCAUGUAGCACCUGUGAGCAAGAUCAUAAUAACAAGUCGAUCAAACAAGAUCGCAACUUUUGGAACAACAAAAGCACUCCAUUUAGGUUUUUUGCCAAAAGAAGAUUUUUGGUAUUUCUUCAAGACGGUCGCAUUUGGGAGCACAAAUCCAGAAGAGGAGCCGAAGCUAGCAUCUAUAUGUAUGGAGAUUGCAGCUGUUCUGAAUGGAUCUUUCAUGGGAUUAAACAUCGUUGCGAGCAUACUCAAUUCUAAUCUCAGCGCUCAAUUCUGGUACAGUUUGCUCAAACGCCUGAAAUUUUUCACAUACAGGCAUAUACAUCUGCUAGGUGAACACCCAAGAGACUUGUAUAAUGCUAACAGUGGACGUACUUACAUUUGGAUGCAUGAAAACUAUUGUGGUGACAGUGACUUAGUGACAUACAAUUAUUACCAAGUAAAUUCUGCAAGGUUAAAUGGUCUACAAACGGUACUAACAAGCAGAGAUAUUCUAACCGGAACUGUUAAGCCUCAGGCAGCAAAAUAUGAAGUCUUGGAAUGGCAAUCCAGCAUACCUCCAUACAUUAGCUACAUCACGCAAUACGAGAUACUUGCACAACAGAAACUUAUGCUACCUCCUAAAAGGAAGCGAUCCGGGGCGCUCUCAGAAGAGUUAGUUUGAUAUGGAAUUAGUGUUGUCAAACUUUAGAUUAGGUCCAUCAACGGACUGUUUGGUAAACAUGUUCCAUUUCGUUCCAAUCCAAUUAUUUUUCAAAUGGUGUUACUCAUGUGUGCCCCCUUCUCUUUCCCACCCUCUUUGAUGAUGUAAACUAACUAGUAUUAAUCAAUUGUGUGCAUCUUCGGUAUCAAAUCUUUUAGUCAUGUUGGGACAAAA